AGGCAACUCUUUUCUCCGACCUCAUCUACUCUUUCCUAAAGCUAGACACCCAUCUCUUAUUUUUUGGUGGAGUUUGAGGCCUCUGCGAGGAGAAGCAAGAUACAACCAACUGAAAAGUACUGCAUCUCACAUUUGGAACCUUUUGGAACUGUCUAGAACCUUCCAGAACCUUUUAGAACGUUUGAAUUUUCUGAUCCCUGUUGCCGUCUACUAGGAGCCACCUGAGGAACUGAAGCAACUUUUUCGCUUUUCUCUGACUAGUCUGUGGUCUCUACUGGUCUGUACUGGUUUGAACUGUUUUUUGUGGAAUUGUACUGGUCUGAACUGGUCUGUAGUGGUCAAGAUGCGACGGUUAGAGCUAAAGGCCCUCUGUGCAGCGUUGCUGGUCUUUGCAGUGGUGAGCGCCGCUUCCUGUCAGUCGGACUCUUCAGACUGCUCCCAGGCUGAGUCAUGUGACCUGUGUGUUGGAGACUCCACCCUCAACUUGACUGGCUGUGUCUGGAGGGUCUGUGUGAACGGCAAUGAUACUGGGUGUGUGUCCGAUCAGGAUGAUUCUCAGAACUGUAAUGUGACAAGUGACCCAGACAUGUGUACAGUCAUAGAGAUCGAGGCAGAAGGUAAAGGGGACUCAGAUGGGUCUCCUGCAGAGCCGUCAGAGUUCUCUCAGGCCAGCUUCGACCUGUCCAGUUUCAUAGGAGGCAUCAUCCUGGUGUUGUGUGUCCAGGCCGGGGGCUUCUUCACCAUGCGCUUCCUCAAGAAAGAUGCCACCUACGACCCUAUAGAGCAGCCAGCCUAGAGGAGAGAGAGAAGAGGACAGUAAAAGAUGAAAGAGGGAGGGAGCUGUGACUCACCAUGCUGUCACGAUGCUUUUUAUGACGUCAUGUACCACACUCCAGUGUAUGCGUGUGUUGUACUUGUGUGUGUGUGCGUGUGUUGUACUUGUGUGUGCGUGUGUGUGUUGUACUUGUCUGUGUGUCCCAGAUGUGCACCUGUGUACAUUGUUUUGUUUGACCGAUUGUCCAUUAUGUUGUGUAACUCCUGUUUCUGUGUGUGUGUGUGUGUUCUCUUUGUACUGUCAGGUGGCCUUUCCCUGAUGCCUGUGUGUCUAUUUCUAUUUUCCUUGUCUGAUUUGUUUCGUCUGGAUCUAAUAUGUGUGCAAUAUUUACAUUGGGGGUUCAGGUUCCAUGUAUAAUGAAUGUGUAAUGAUUUGAAUCGUGUUUAAACAUGUUCAUUAGUUAGUUUUGUUGAACUGGUUUGGUUUGAACUGCAUUCAGGAGGGAGGGGUCUGGGAUCUGUUCUGUGU